GAAGUGACAUCAUGCAGGAACUCACAGUGCACCUAUAAUGUUGCUUCAGCAGAACAACUCAAUCUCAUCGAGCAGACUGCUAACAUUUUUGUUUUGUAAUCUGAGGUACAUGUCAUGAAAAAGGAUUAAAAGACUGAAAAUGACAGAUGUAAAGGCCGCUGAGCUCAUCUUCAUUUGUUUCAUGCUGCUUCAAGGUUUUGUGGCAUCAUUGAACUGCACCAGCCCAACUCCUGAAUCCUUGGUUGAUGCCCUUGAGAAUAAUGUAUUCCCUAAAAAACUAGUGCGACCUGUAAAAAGCUUUUCAAGUCCAGUUAACAUGACCAUUGGUAUCACUGUGGUGGGAAUUAUAGGAGUGGAUGAAAAAUCCCAAAUCCUAACAACAUUCUUAUGGCAAAUUCUGGAGUGGAACAUAGAGGGACUGAGCUGGGAUGAGGAGGAAUGUGGAACUACAAGAGUCUCUGUUCCUCGAGAACAACUUUGGGUCCCAGACAUCAACAUCGCAGAGUACAUGGAUGAAGACAAAGCUCCCAAAACUCCCUAUGUCUACUUAUACAACACAGGUCAUGUAUUUGAUGUUAAGUCACUCAGAGUGGUCAGCUCCUGCCGAUUAGUAAUCUACACUUUUCCCUUUGAUAUCCAAAACUGCUCUCUGACAUUUGGACCAUAUCUACACUUUGCUACGGACAUAAGGAUGAUUCAAGGCCUCACGUCUGAAGAGAUCCUAAAGGAGUCCCAAGAUGUGUUGCAGACCAAUGGGGAGUGGGAGCUCGCAGGUAUCAGUGUAGCUCCUUCUACCUUGACGUUACAUGGGGGAAGCUACUCUGAGAUCAAAUACUAUAUCAUUCUGAGACGUAGGCCAGUGCUCUAUGUGGUGAACCUGCUGAUCCCCAGCUGCUUCCUCAUCACAGUGGACCUCUUCAGCUUCCUGCUGCCUCCCCAGACUGUGGACCGCUCCUCCUUCAAGAUGACCCUCAUCCUGGGCUACACCGUCUUCCUGCUCAUCAUGAACGACCUGCUGCCUGUCACUGAAGAGACAACACCUCUCAUCAACGUUUUCUUCUCCAUCAGCCUCGCUCUGAUGGUGGGCAGCCUGUUGGAGACGGUGUUGAUCACUAAUAUCCAGUGCAGCUCCAGCCAGUACAGUGCGGUGCCUCGCUGGCUCAGUGUCCUCGUGCUACGAUAUCUGGCUGUUGUCGUUUUUCUCCCUCGAAAGAAAAAGAGCAACCAAAUCACUGUCUUCCUCAACCCAUCUCUUAGAGUAAAGAAUUCCAGCAAAACCGACAUCUCAGCGAUUCAUCUUCAGCCCGUCUUUGGUGAUACACCUCCAGUGAAACCCCCCCCAGAGCCGGCCCUGGAUGAACUGAGGAAGCUGAGCAGAGAUCUCCUGGCCAUACGCCUCCAGGUAGACAAACACUUCCAGGGGAGUGAAACCUCGCAGGAAUGGCAAAUGAUCGGGAUAGUGAUCGACCGUCUGCUGUUUGGCUUGUACAUUGUCUUCAUCGCUGUCAGCUUCAUCACCAUCAUAUGUCUCUGGAGCAAACAUUAUGCAGCAUGAUUUAACCACAGGGUUAUACGCAUGAUUGACAUAUCAGCAGAUUAUAUGCUGUAUUCUGAGAUGUGGCACAUGUUGAUAACUCUGUUGAUAACUCUGUUAUCAACAUGUGGAAUACACAGGAUACAAUGUAAGUUUCUGGAUCUUGAGAGUUGUAUUUGUCAAAGAUUUGAAGAACAUGGAUUUUCAUAUAUACAGAUGACGUUUUAGAUUUACAUGCCUUCAUUUCUCCUUGCAUUGACUACUGUCUGCCACCAACCAAAAUUGUGGUGAAAGUUGCUAAACAAAUGUUUUAAACCCUUGUGUUGGCUUCCCGUCAAUCAUGCAAAGUUUUGUUUUUCUGGGUCAAAAUUUGAAAUAAAAACUUUUUUCCCCAA